AUGUCCGCCACCACCACCACCAAACCAACUAUCCUCAUAGUUCCCGGCUCCUUCUCGGCCGCCUCCCACUACGACACCCUCAUCAAUUCCUUACAAGCCCUCUCAUACCCCGCUGUUGUUUCCGACCUCCCUUCGGCCAGCAGACUUCCCCCCGCCCCCGCUGCCUCAAUGGCCGACGAUGCAGCGCACUUCCAUGGCAUCGCCGAAUCACUUGCGGAUGAAGGCCGCGAUAUCGUGAUCCUCACGCACUCGUACGGCGGAGUCCCUGGGACGGAAGCGGCCAAGGGGCUUGCAAAGGCGGACCGCGAGGCGGAAGGGAAGAAAGGGGGAGUUGUAAGGCUGGUGUACUUGACCUCGAUCGUACCCCCUCUUGGGGGUUCGCUAAUAUCGACCAUGGGGGAGGUGUCUGAGGCGAUCACUAUUAAUGGCGAUUAUAUGACACUCGACCCGGCCGUCAUCGGCCCCGCCACCUUUUCCGAUCUGUCACCCGAUCUUGCUCUCGAAUGGGGAAAGAAGCUGACGACGCACUCGCUCCCCAGCUUCAGCGGCAAGAUCACAUAUCCAGCGUACCGCCACAUCCCCACGUCGUUCAUCUUUUGCGAGCGCGACCUGAUCAUAUCGCCGGAUCUUCAGCGAGCGACGAUCUCGUUUUUGGAGAGCGAGAGGGGAGGGGAGGGGAGCGUGAGCGUUGUCAAGCUUGACACUGGGCAUUGUCCCAAUGUGAGUGUGCCCGAGGAAACGGCGGCGGGGAUCGCGAAGGCGAUUGAAGGCGUUAGUGUGUGA